CUCGACGGUUACAGGUGGGGAGAGAGAGGAGAGAGAUGAGGCCGUUGCGCUUGCACAGUGUCCGAGCGGCAACGCCCCUAUAUUUACCCUUCUGCCCCUCCGCCCCCUCUCCCUCCCUCCGCUCCCCAUUUCUCCCUCUCUCUCCUCCGCCCGCGCGCCGCUCCUCUUCCCUCCGGAGCUCGAACCCAGGGCUCGGUCGCCGUCCCGAUCCUCCUUCGACCCGCUCCCCGAUGUCGUCGCCGUCGCCGUCCUCUCCUCCUCCUCCUCCGACGCCGCCGUCCGCGGCGGGGAGCGCGGCGGCGGAGGCGGCGGCGGAGAAGCCCUUCUCCGUGCUCUUCGUGUGCCUCGGCAACAUCUGCCGGAGCCCCGCCGCGGAGGGCGUGUUCCGGGACUUGGUGAAGAAGAGAGGGCUCGAUUCCGCCUUCAACAUCGAUUCCGCCGGCACCAUCGAUUACCACGAGGGCAAUCUCGCUGAUCCGAGAAUGAGAACGGCAGCUAAGAGUCGCGGUGUUGAGAUCACGUCUACAUCGAGGCCGAUAAGGGCAGCUGAUUUUAGGGAUUUUGAUCUUAUCCUCGCGAUGGAUAAGCAAAACAGAGAGGAUAUAUUGGAAGCCUUCAAUAGGUGGAAAUUUAGGGAGACCUUACCUGAAGACGCGCACAAGAAGGUUAAGUUAAUGUGUUCAUAUUGCAAGAAGCACGAUGAAAGCGAAGUACCAGAUCCUUACUAUGGUGGACCCCAGGGUUUUGAGAAGGUGCUCGAUUUGCUGGACGACGCUUGCGAGUCAUUGUUGGACAGCAUUUUGGCCGAGAAAAGUCAAAAUUAAAAUUUAGAUUUUAUUGACUCCACCAACGCCAUUAAAUUGCACCGUUUUAUUGUUGGUUUGCAGCAUGUACCGGUGCAUUCAUUACGACUAUGAUGUUGCGAGCACAGCUAGAAAUUUUUGUCGAUAGAGCACACACAUUUGGUCAUGUUUUGGGUCAUUGCACUCCAAGGGCUAUACAUAGGAGUGAGCAGUUUCAGAUUCUAUA